AUGGCACCUGGACUUGAUUUCUUCAAGAGCUCUGAGUCUAGCCAAGCGCCAGUCGUCCAAAUCUGCCCCGAUGCAGAACCUGAAGAAAAUGGUACCUCCAUGGUGCCUCAGGUGACACCUAGACCUAGUGUUUACUAUAACUCCCGCCUCGACCCGAAGAACUUCCUUCAUGGAGAACUCUCUUUCGAUGCUGCCACUCGUCUUCGUCAAAUGCUUGCCAGGCCAGGUAUAGUUAUUGCCCCUGGUAUUUGUGAUGGUAUUAGUGCUCGUUGCGCACUUGAAGCUGGUUUCGAUUGUAUGUACCAAAGUGGUGCAGCAACCACCGCUUCACGUCUUGGCAUGCCCGACCUUGCCAUUGCUACACUGAAUGACUUCGUCCAAAGUGCACAGAUGGUGUGCAGCUUAAGCCCAAGCACUCCUGUUAUUGCUGAUGCUGAUACUGGCUUCGGUGGUACUGCCAUGGUUGCUCGCACAGUCUAUCAAUACAUCCGCGCUGGUGUUGCUGCCAUGCACAUCGAGGACCAAGUGCAAACCAAACGUUGCGGUCACUUGAUGGGCAAGCAGGUUGUCUCCCGAGAGGAAUUCGUUACCCGUAUCCGAGCGGCCGUCAUUGCUCGUGACUCUUUCCCUGGUGGCUCGAACUUCGUCAUUAUUGGACGUACUGAUUCCGCUCAAGUCCUUGGCAUGGAAGAAGCCGUCAUUCGGUUGAAAUUGGCAGCUGAUGCCGGUGCCGAUGUCUGCUUCAUUGAGGGCGUUAAAACCGCCGAGCUUUUGACCUCCACGGUCGAAGCCUUGAAGCCCAAACCCGUCCUCGUUAAUGUUAUUUCUGGUGGACUAACACCCUCCUUCACUACCAACGAAGCCGAGGCUCUCGGCGCUAAGAUCAUCAUUUUCUCACUCGUGUCCUGCGUCGCUGCCGUGCAUGGCAUUCGUGCUGCUAUGCAAUCCUUGAAGAAGACCGGCACUGACUUCUCAUCGGCCAAGGGCAUGGAUCCCAAGGCCUUCUUUGAGGUCAUGGGUCUCCGAGAUGUUAUCGACUUAGACACAAAGGCGGGAGGUAGUUCAUUCGAUGUCGUUUAG